CGGAGCGGGGAGGGCUGACGGUGCCACUUCUCCUCCCCGAGGUGACAUGGAGCAGCUGAAGUGACCCGAGGAGCCGUUGCAGCCGUGCCCAGGAUGGGGUGUGUGCACUGCAAAGAGAAGGGAUCUGGCAAAGGGCAGGUGGGGGGUGAGGUGAGCCCCCCCCCACUCCCCACCUCCCAGUAUGACCCCGACCCCACGCAGUCGGGCACCAUCUUCACCCGCAUCCCCGACUUCAACAACUUCCACGGCACGGCGGUGCCCUCGGCUCCAUCCUUCACGGGGCCGGGGGUUUUCACCUCCAACACGCUGCACAUGAGGAGCGGGGGCAUCACAGGUGGUGGCGUGACACUCUUCAUCGCCCUGUACGACUAUGAGGCCAGGACGGAGGAUGACCUGACCUUCCAGAAAGGGGAGAAAUUCCACAUCAUCAACAACACGGAGGGUGACUGGUGGGAGGCCAGGUCGCUGAGCUCGGGCACCACGGGUUACAUCCCCAGCAACUACGUGGCCCCUGUGGACUCUAUCCAGGCAGAAGAGUGGUACUUUGGUAAGAUCGGGCGCAAGGAUGCGGAGCGGCAGCUCCUGUGCCACGGCAACUGCAGGGGCACCUUCCUCAUCCGGGAGAGCGAGACCACAAAAGGUGCCUACUCCCUCUCCAUCCGGGACUGGGACGAGGCCAAGGGAGACCACGUGAAGCACUAUAAGAUUCGGAAACUGGACAACGGGGGCUACUACAUCACCACCCGCGCCCAGUUCGACACCGUCCAGCAGCUGGUCCAGCACUAUAUAGAAUAUAACGACGGGUUGUGCCAUCUGCUAACCCGCGCGUGCCCCGCUAUGAAGCCCCAGACCCUGGGAUUAGCUAAGGACGCCUGGGAGAUAGUGCGGGAAUCCAUCAGCCUCGACAAGAAACUCGGCAUGGGAUGUUUCGGAGACGUGUGGAUGGGCACGUGGAACGGCACGACGAAGGUGGCGGUGAAGACGCUGAAGCCGGGCACCAUGUCACCGGAGGCCUUCCUGGAGGAGGCGCAGAUCAUGAAGCGGCUGCGGCACGACAAGCUGGUGCAGCUCUACGCCGUCGUGUCGGAGGAGCCCAUCUACAUCGUCACGGAGUUCAUGAGCCAGGGCAGCUUGCUGGAUUUCCUAAAGGAUGGGGACGGCCGCUACCUGAAGCUGCCCCAGCUGGUGGACAUGGCUGCCCAGAUCGCGGCGGGCAUGGCCUACAUUGAGCGGAUGAACUAUAUCCACCGGGACCUCCGCGCUGCCAACAUCCUGGUGGGAGACAACCUGGUGUGCAAGAUCGCUGACUUCGGCCUCGCUCGCCUCAUCGAGGACAACGAGUACACAGCGCGCCAGGGUGCCAAGUUCCCCAUCAAGUGGACAGCCCCAGAGGCCGCGCUUUUUGGGAAGUUCACCAUCAAGUCGGACGUCUGGUCCUUUGGCAUCCUCCUGACUGAGCUGGUGACCAAAGGCCGGGUGCCCUACCCAGGGAUGAACAACCGGGAGGUGCUGGAGCAAGUAGAGCGGGGGUACCGCAUGCAGUGCCCGGGCAACUGCCCCCCGUCCCUGCACGAAGUGAUGGUGCAGUGCUGGAAGCGGGAGCCUGAGGAGCGUCCCACCUUCGAGUACCUCCAGUCCUUCCUCGAGGACUACUUCACCGCCACCGAGCCCCAGUACCAACCGGGGGACAACCAGUGACCCGGUGCUGGCACCCCCCAGCCGGGGUCUGGGGUGGUUUUUGGGCAAUUCUCGCCCUUUUUGCAGGGCAGUUGUUGCUCCCUUUGCCUGUGCCCCCCCCUCCAAAACGCCUGUCGGGGGGUGCCCUGGGGAGGACAGGGGGCUUUGCACGAAGAUUUUGGACUCGGAGAGGGGGCAAAGCUGCCCCCCCAGCCCCCCUUCCCCUGCCUCGGCCCCUCUCUUGUUGCCUUUA